UAUAAGACAAUCUUUAGUGCAAAUUAGUUUAGGUGUUUAGUUUCGACAUUGAAGGACAUCUUAACUUGCGCAGAUCUUCUCACUCAGCCAUGUCGGUCCGUCGCAGCAGUAAGACGUUCACCACUCGGAGUGUGCUCGGGUCAUCUUCCUCUGGUGCACUGGUCAUAAACGGAGUGGGGAGUUCAGGGGCCUCUUUGUCUUUUGGUGGACAAAACUAUGGCAGAGCUGGGGGCUUUGGUGGCCGCAUCUCCAGAUCUUUGUCCACUUCAUCUUUGACGACGGCUGGUUAUGAGGUCACGCUGCAUGGCAAUGAGAAGCAGACAAUGCAGAACCUCAAUGACCGCCUGGCAUCUUACCUGGAGCGGGUGCACACUUUAGAGCAGGCCAACAAGAAACUUGAGCUGCAAAUUAAGGAGUUUUACAACAACAAGAGGCCGCUGCAGGGCAAAGACUUGAGUGCCCAUUUCAAAACCAUUUCAGAGCUCUGCACACAGAUUAAAAGUCGUUUUGUGGAGAACGCUGCCCUCCGUCUGAAGCUGGACAACACCAAGCUCGCAGCUGAAGAUUUUCGGCUGAAGUAUGAGGCGGAAAUGAAUCUGCAUACGGUCGUGGAAGCGGAUUCGGCUCGACUGCGGGGGGUUCUGGGGGAGAUCAAACUCUUCAUUGGAGAUCUAGAGAACCAGCUUACUGGACUGAAAGAGGAGCUGCUGUACAUCAAGAAGAACCAUGAAGAGGAUCUGCAUUUGUUGCGGCAGCAGCAAAGCGGCUCUGUUAAUGUGGAGAUGGACUGUGCAGCUCAGUCAGACCUUGACAAGGAGCUGCAGGAGAUGAGAGCGCAGUAUGAGAUGCUUAUUGAGAAAAACCGCAGAGAGGCUGAAAGAUGGUUCCAGAGCAAGGUGGAGGUGCUGCAAACUCAGGUGACCAGCAGCUACACUGAAAUCAAGACAUCUCAGACUGAGCUCACUGAUCUGAAGAGAACUUUCCAGAGCCUGGAGAUAGAACUACAGGGGGUUCUCACAAUGAAACAAAAUCUGGAGCAGAGUUUGGUUGAUGUUGGCAUGCGUUAUGCAGCCCAGCUGAGUCAGCUGCAGUUGCGCAUAGACCACCUGCAGAAGGAGCUACAGGGACUCAAUGCCAACAUCCAACAACAGGCUUCAGAGUACCAGAUACUGCUGGACAUCAAGAUGAGACUGGAGAUCGAGAUCGCCGAGUACAGGAGGCUGCUGGAUGGAGAAGCUCAUACGACCUUCAUAAGCACAUCUUCAUCUUCCACGACUAAAACUUCCGUGACAGAGACAGAAACUGUGACCAAAACGGUGGAGAUAAAGGAAGAGGAAGAGCAUAACCCUCACCUCCAGCGCAGAGUGAAGGUCAUUGUGGAGGAGCUUGUGGAUGGUAGAGUCGUAUCUUCUUCUGUUGAGGAGAAAGUCCAAGAAAUUAGCUGAGAAGAUAAA